ACCGACUCCCUCUCCCAUUGGCCGGCGCCUAACACACCUUUGCGUGCCAUUGGGCGACGCGGUAAGCCACGCCCUUCUUUUCCCCACCGCGUUUGAAACGAUGAAUGGGAGCGAGGCUGAGGAGAAACAGACAAUUUCGGGUUAAAGUGGUCCCGCAAGACUCCAAGGACGAGUAGUCAGCAGUUAAACCGGUUCCCUGAACACUACUCACAGACUCACAUAGAUUUGCACCAUGGAAAUCGAGGAGCCACACUCGCACAUCCAGGGUGAAUUACAGCCUGCCCCUAUGGGUGCAGGUGACAUGGAGGCUGUGGAGGCGCUGAUGUCCAUGACGAAGCACUGGAAGACCAGGAGCUUCAGGCUCAGACACUUCAGACCCCCAACUCCCUCCUCAGACUGCUCAGAGGACGACUCUGCCCCCCCUGGGCCUACUGCGCUACAGGACUCUCCUCUGUGUAUGACACCGCCAUACAGCCCGCCCAACUUUGAGGCCACCCAUCCACCCUCAUUAGUGUCCCUUCAUCAACCUUCAGAAGAGACUCUUCCACACACACACACUCCUGCUUCUCGGCAGCUGUUCCAGUGCACCAGUGUAAUCCGCCACACUGCAGAUGGCCAGCAUUGUUCCUGUAAUGUUCAUCCUGUGUCUAGGGAAGACAGGCUCACUCAGGUGCACACAAAAGACUCUGACACAGAUUUGAACUCUAAAGUAAGGCUGGAUAGUAGAGACUCUGAGGAGAAUAUUAUAAUGCAGUCUGACUCUAAUGCUGCCACGCCACAAAAACCAGUCACUGAGACUUUGCCAAAUGUGGGUGAAGCCAGCCAAACCCAGAUGACUGUUUCAGGCUCGGAUAAUAAAUCAGACACACCCCAGUCUGUCUCCUCUGUCCAGGCUGGUAUUGCUGGGGUCUCUCCUGUGCCUGUCUACUGCAAGAUCCUUUCUGUCUCACCUUCGUCUACCAGCACCACUAUUAUGCACAAACCUGUCACAGCUGAUAUUCAGCAGCCACAACAACACUUAUUACCUAUCCCAUCAGCGAUCACCACGGUGCCCGCACAUCAACAACAGCAGCACCAACAGCAACAGGGUUCUCCUGCCCAGGUCUUCCUCUUUGGGGGUCAGGUGGCAAAAGGCCCUGUAAUGCUUCUAGUCCCGCAGCCAGCUGUUCCUACUCUCUACGUUCAGCCGGCGCUUGUGACCCCCGGUGGCACCAAGUUACCAGCCAUCGCCCCUGCGCCCGGCCGUGCCUUGUUGGAGCAAAGACACACCCCGCUGCAGCCAGAAGUGUCCCGUGUGCGCAGUCACAUUUGUCCCCAUGAGGACUGCAGCAAGACCUACUUCAAGAGCUCUCACCUCAAGGCCCACAUGAGGACACAUACAGGUGAAAAGCCCUUCAAAUGUAAGUGGGAGGGCUGUGAGCGGCGAUUCUCACGCUCCGAUGAGCUGUCUCGCCACCGUCGAACCCACACAGGAGAGAAAAGGUUUGCCUGCCCCAUGUGCCUCAGCCGCUUCAUGCGCAGUGACCACCUGGCCAAACACGCCCGGCGACACCUAGCAGCGAGGAAGACACACUGCUGGACAUUAGGGGGCACCCAGUCUGCUGACCUCAUUGUCUCGGCAGCUGUCUGACUGAAGGGAUCUGAAUGAGAGACAGAAGGAAGACUGUGAAACUGUAAAAUUGAAUGUAAGGCUUUAUGCAACUGAGUCUAAGUUGCAUGUAAAGUCUGUGCUGCCUUUUUUUUUUACUGUUAUUUAAUGGUUGAAGUUGAAUAUAAAUGUAGUUAUGAGACAGUUUAUAUUUCAUUUCCCACAACUGUAUCGCCUUAAACUGAGCAAUUACUAUGAAAAUAUUGACUGUAGAUAGUAUUUUGUAAGUAAUUUUCACAAUAGUUUUACAAAUUAUGCUAGAUGUAUGUUUAUCUUUCAGUGAUUUUUGACCAAAGAAUGUUGAAUAUUGUUUUUUUUGUGCCACAUGAGAAUCUUUGUUUCAAAAUUAUUUUGCACAAUGCUAUUUUCUUACAGGGAAAACAGAAUUCUUUAUUAAACUUGAACAC